AUGACACGAGAUGGCAACAGCAGCCGCCGAGGACGUGGAGCAAGGGGCAGAGGCGCAAGUGCAGCCUCGUGUGCUCCUCCAUCCUCGUCAGGAGGAACGCGUGGUGGUCGAGGUGGUGCACACACUCCCCGUGGUGGUGCUGCUGGAUCGCAAGCGGUCAGUGGUGCCUCAUCCGCUGCCACUACCGACGACGAAGGGAGGGCGUAUACCUCCCACGAGGCGAACUAUCAAGCUCGACCCAAAGGCAGCAACCGGCCUUUGCGGGGUGCGAAACGAGGCGGUCGAGGUCGAGGUGAGGGCCAUGCCGGCUCCAGUACGCCAGCGAGCACGUCGAGGCGCUCUCGCUUCAACGCCACGCUCAGCUCUGGCAACGACAUGAAUGCAUCCGCCGUACCGUUCCCCGCACCAAGCUCGUCAUCCACUGCGGCUGGACAAGCUCUCUCUAUCGUCGCGGCACCUGUUUCGCAGACCCUGCUCGAGCGAUUGACGACCGAGCUCUCGGACGGAUCCCACGACUGCACAAUCUGCUUCUCGACUGUAUCUCGCACGACCGCGAUCCAUUCGUGCACCACAUGCUAUACCCCCUUCCAUCUGUCGUGCAUCAAAGAGUGGGCGACUCGCUCAGUCACCGAUACGGCCGAACGGGCCGCCCUCAUGGCCACUCGCGAUUCCGGUCCUCGUCCCUCGGCCGCCGAUCUCUCCGGCCACUGGCGAUGUCCGUCGUGCCAGACCCGAUUCGGAGCUGCCGACGUGCCCAAACGCUAUCGAUGCUUUUGUCGACGCCUCGUUGAUCCUUCGCAUCGACCACCUGCGACACCUCAUUCAUGCGGUCAACCUUGUGCUCGACCCCGACCCGAUGGAUGCGUCCACGCAAGCUGUGGGCUGCUCUGCCACCCCGGUCCAUGCCCACCAUGCCCAGUCGUCCUCGACCUCCCUUGUCACUGCUCAAAGGAGAACAUGCGUGUACGUUGCUCGGCCAUUCACCCCGCUGCCGGUCUCGAUUCGGGCACGGUUGCAUCGACAACGGCAUCUCUUGCUCGCGAAGAGCUCCUGUGCUGCAAAAAUACGUGCGACAAGCUCCUCGGCUGUGGCUUGCAUCGCUGCAAUCGCAUAUGUCAUCAAGGUGAAUGCGGGUCUUGCGAGGUCGAACGAGAAAAGAUAUGCUUCUGCGGAAAGUCGACCGUUGUCGAGGCGUGCGGCGCUGGCGGUCGAGACGAUCGCGUGGAAGGGUGUCGAGUACCCGGUCAAGUCGGUUCGCAAUGGACCGGCGAGUUUUCAUGCGAUAAACCGUGCGCUGCACCUUACGACUGCGACAAGCACCUGUGUGAAUCGAAAUGCCACCCCCACACCUCUGAACUACCAGCGACAUGCCCCUUCUCGCCCUCGCUCGUCACGACGUGUCCUUGCUCGCAGACUCCCCUCGACGUUCUGCUGCCUACGCCUCGCACAUCAUGUACCGACCCAAUCCCGACCUGCGCCGAACCAUGUUCUCGCAUCCUCGACUGCGGACAUGGUUGUGCGCGCCCGUGCCACCCUGGACCGUGUGGGUCUUGCACGACCCCCGUCUCGAUCCCUUGUCGUUGCGGCUCGACAAAGACCGUCCGACUCUGUGGCAAUCGAUACCAAUCGGACGGCAAGACGCCACUCUCCGAAGUGCUGUGCCAGCGUAUCUGCCGUUCGCUGCGCAACUGCGGUCGUCAUCAAUGCAACCGACAAUGCUGCCCCUUGAGCUACCAAGAAGCUCUCCAUGUCGGCAAGGGCAAGAACAAGCGUCGCAAUGCACUCGAUGAUUUCGAACAACAUGAUCCGCUGGGGAUCCAUGAGUGUGAUCGCGUUUGCGGCAAGAAGCUGAGUUGUGGAACUCAUUUUUGUGAAAGGAAGGAUCAUAAAGGGUGAGUCGAUACUGGGGCUUAACGUUUCGUGCAGCUGUGGCUGACGACAUGCUUCUAUCCACACACAGAUCUUGUCCGCCAUGCCUCGACGCCAACUUCGAGGAGAUCGCCUGUCACUGCGGGGCCACGGUCGUCUUACCCCCGAUACCCUGCGGUUACGAGAUUCGCUGCAAGCACCCAUGUGUACGACCUUCGACGUGCAUGCACCCCCAGGUGCCACACCAAUGCCACGAGAACCCCGAGUGCCCACCCUGUCCCUUCUUGACGGUUAAGAUGUGCGCAUGCGGUAAGAAAGCCGUCGCGAACGUCAGGUGCUCGCAGGACUCGAGAAAGGUCUCGUGUGGUCAACGCUGCGGAAAGUGAGCCUGGAUUCGUAAGGUUUUGGCAAAGAGAUUGCGAGUAGAUGCUGACUAUUCGCUCGGGCGUGUUUUAGGCUCUUAGGCUGCGGCUUCCAUCGAUGCCAAAAGCCUUGCCACCUGCCGGGGGAAUGCGAGAGUUGUGUGCAAAUCUGCCUCAAGCCUCGCAAGCUCUGUGGGCACCCCUGCCCCGAACAAUGCCACGUCCCCUCAUCCUGCCCCGAAACCAAGCCUUGCAUUAAGAUGAUCGAAGUGUCGUGCGACUGCGGCCAUCUCAAACAAACGACCAAUUGCGGUGCCUGCACGGAUCGACCCGAUGGGAACAACAGCAAAAUCCUGACAUGCUCCGACGCUUGCGCCAUCGCCAAACGCAAUGCUGCGUUGGCGGAGGCGCUGCAAGUUGAACGGCGCGAACCCAAGGUCAAGGAAGUCGAGUACGAUCCGCAGACUCUGAGCUUCUACUCAACGAACGUCGCGUGGUGCACUUCGAUCGAGAAGGAUUUAGUCGAAUUCGUUACCACCGAUAAGCCGACCUUACAUCUUCCCGUGAUGAAGCGGCCGCAACGGCAAUUUGCCCACGAGCUUGCUGAGCUCUUUGAUCUUCGAUCCGAAUCGCUCGACGAAGAGCCGAGGCGCAGUGUCGUCGUGCAUCGGCAAUCCAACACCGGUAUUCCGGUCCCCAAUCUCGCCGACGCCUUGGCCGCGCAACGCAAGUCAGCGACCACGCUUUCCUUCGCUUCAUUGCGCAAGGCAUUGCCUGAAACUCGUCGCCAUGUCAACGCGCUCCUGCUUGAGGGGGUGCUCGGUUUCGACGAGGCCAUGUUGCGCGAUAUCGCCACCCCUUGUCUCAAGGGAUUACAACCUUUCGCAUUGACCUGGACCACCGACGAGGACGUCCUGAUAACGAUCGAAUCCAAGAUGCUGUCGGCGGCCGAUCUCGAACAGCGCGUUACGGCCGCUGAGACCCAUCUACGAGCACUGGCGGAGGAAACGGGUUUCUGCGCCACAGUAGAAGCCGUUGCCGCCACUGAUGAUGGGCGCAUCACGCGAGGUGGAUGGACGCCCGUUCAAUCUCGUUCGAACCCGUCGGGAUCUCGGGCUGAAGGUGGAGGAGCUCGAUCGAAUCCAUGGGCGACGCACGCAUCUUCGUUCUCGAACAAUACCUUUGCCGCUUUGGCUUCGUCUUCGAAUCCUUCAGCGGGUGCUGCACCUCCUUCUACUCAAUCGGCGUGGGGUAGAUCGCGUGACGAUGCGGGUUUGAUCGGCGUAGGAUACCAUCGUCCUCCUAGAGCAGUCAUCGCCCCUGGUCUUGAAGUCGCUCGACCGGAUCCUGCUCCUUUACCUAGCAAGGUCUCGAGUCAUUUGGAUGCGAGUCGUUUGACGGCUACCGCAGAUUCGUUUGUGCCUGCUGGUACCGCCCAGUCGGGGGAUAAGGCGGAGGUCAAUGAUGAGGAUGUGCCGGACGAUUGGGAUCAGGAGGAUUUGAGUGAGGUUCAGGAGGCUCAGGAAGCUUGA